AUGCCGGCAAUAGGAAUUGACUUGGGGACUACAAACUCAUGCGUGGCGGUUUUUCGGAACGGAAGGGCAGAAAUUAUCGCAAAUGAUCUCGGAAAUCGAGUUACUCCGUCCUAUGUCUCGUUCACGGGAAAUGAAAGACUUGUUGGCGAAGCCGCUAAAGAAGAGGCGACUGAAUAUUUUGAGAAUACUCUUUACCAAAUUAAACGUUUGAUUGGACGAACAUAUGAUGACCCUUCGGUUCAGGCUGAUAUGAAAUUAUGGGGGUUCACCGUUAUUAAUGAUGGUAACAAGCCAAAGAUAUCGGUAGUACAUGGCCACAAAAGAAAUGUAUUCCGCCCAGAACAAAUAAGUGCGAUGGUGCUGGAAUAUAUGAAAAACGCAGCUGAGGCAUUCUUGGGUGAAACCGUAACUGAUGCAGUAAUUACGGUCCCUGCAUAUUUCAACGAUGCACAACGAAGAGCAACUAAUGAUGCUGGGGUAAUCGCAGGUCUCAACGUUAUUGGCAUGAUCAAUGAGCCGACUGCUGCCGCUGUGGCGUAUGGACUAGAUAGGCAGAGCGACAAUGAACGAAAUGUUCUCAUAUUUGAUCUCGGCGGAGGCACCUUCGAUGUUACCAUCGUGAAAAUUAAAGGUCGCAAGUUUAAUGUGAAAGCUACGGGUGGGGACACUCACUUGGGGGGUGAGGACUUUGAUAACAUACUUGUGGAAUAUUUUGUUUCCGAGUUCAAGCAACAACGCGGUGAAGAUAUAUCAAAAAAUAAAAGAGCAUUGAAUCGUCUUCGAGUGGCGUGUGAGGCAGCAAAAAGAAAAUUGUCUUCGUCUACAAACGCUAAGGUUCAAGUCGAUGCUCUGCAAAAGGGAUACGAUUUUCGCAGCAACAUUACACGAGCAAAAUUUGAAAAUCUGAAUUACAAUUUUUUCGUGAGAGUUCUUGAUACCGUGAAGAUUACACUUUCUGAUUCUGGACUUAAAAAGGAAAACAUUGAUGACGUUGUUCUUGUUGGAGGCUCUACGCGGAUUCCAAAAAUCCAAGAAAUGUUGGAAAAGUACUUUGACAACAUAAAGCUUAAAAGAACUAUUAAUCCUGAAGAGGCAGUUGCUUGUGGUGCAGCCGUAUACGCGUCUUCACUUGGUUCUGUAAAAGAUCUCGCUGUAAGUAAUGUUAUUCCACUUUCUAUUGGCUUCGAAAAUUAUGGGGGAACAUUUACUUUUUCUAUUCCACGAAAUACGAAGAUUCCAUCCAAAGUAUGGCACACCUGGUAUACGUCGGCAGAUAACCAAACAACAGUGUCAUUUACGAUAUAUGAAGGUGAGCGCACAUUGGCCAAAGAUAAUCGUUUUCUCGAUAAAUUUACAAUAUCGGGAAUUCCACCUGCACCGAGGAAAAAGGGCAAAGGCAAAGUGCUAAUCGAGAUUAACGCGUGUGGAAUUCUUCAUUUCAAAGCUAUUGAAGAAAUCACUGGAAAUUCAAGUGAAAUAAAAAUUGCAAGAGACAAAGGUGGAUUGAGUGAGAGCGAGAUAAAACGAAUGGUACAGGAAGCAGAAAAGUUUAGGGAUAAAGACCAAGAGCUAAAACAGCGAAGCCAGGCAAGGAAUAAGCUUGAGGAUUACACGUACAGCGUAAAGGAAGGACUGGAUCGAAAAAAUCUAACGCGGAAGCAAAAAGAAGCAAUUAUGAAAAAAGUGAAUAAAAUUCUUCAAUGGUUGGAUAUAAACAAGACAGAACCUCCGCAAAUGUCUGAAUUGGAAGCAAAGAAAAAGAAGUUGGAAAGAGCAAUUAAAUAAGUUCAUAAUAGAUUUUUUCACAUAUUCUGGCAUAUGUACAUACUGAUGAUUACAAAACUCUAAAUAACAAAACUCGCGGACAUUCCGAAACAAACUAUUUAAACGCAAACACGAUUAAUUAAUUAUUCACAUAUCGUAGAUUGUUUUUCCAAAUUGUUUUCCAACUACUGCAUUAAGUACUUUUAAAGUUUUAUUUGGUUGGAAUUACC